CAAUCAUUGGCGCCAAUAUUCAAUAUUUGUUGGUUAUGAAAUUUUUGUUUUGAUUCAGAUGGAUCCUGAAGAAGUUGAAUUUAUUGGAGAAAAGGAAUAUGUAGUUAUAGUUCCAACAUUCAAUUAUAAAGCAAUUCAAUUGAUAUCUGGAGAUAUUGGGCCUUUCAGAGCAGGUUUGCCUAUUAAAAUACCACUUUGGAUUGCCAUCAAUUUGAAACAACAGCAAAUUUGUAAGAUAGAGCAGCCUGAUUGGAUGGAUAUAGAGUAUUUAGAGAACCUUAAAGAAACCGAAAAAAAUGCACCUACAUUUACAAAAAUGCCCAACGAGCACUAUAUGGCUGUAACCAAGGCUUUAUUGAAGAAUGCUCCAGAUGAUCUAAUCAGGGCAAAUGAAGUAAGAACACUAGUGAAAGAUAUAUGGGAUAUAAGAAUGUCAAAAUUAAGAUCCUCAGUUGAUUUGCUUAUAAAAAAUAUGUCUUCUUAUGCUGCUGUUGAUAACUUAACAAUGAUGGAAAUCAAUUCAAUGAGACCUCUUCUACCACAUGCCUUAGAUCAAAUUCAUAGAAUGAAAAAGUAUCAGGGGCCCACUACUGGAUCUAUUUCAACAAGUGCACAACAAUCGAGAUCGUCUUAUUCUUUUAGAAGUUAAUAAAUAAUAACUACGUUUGUAAUGUAUGUAUACUAAAUUUUGUAAUUUAUAUUUGUAUCAAUAAAAUGAUUCAAUGAA